AUAGAAUAGGGGCCGGGGUGAGCUAUAUUUAGCUUUCAGUUUGGGGAAGCGCCGAAGAGAGGCACAGCCUUGCGAAGGUAAAUAUUAGAUCUAGUAUUUUCACCUGCUUCAACUUUGCAGCUUCAUUUACUUUCAGUGCAGGAAAACCCAAGAAAGGAUCCCCACGUCCAACUUUCUUUCCAAGUCAUCGUUUCAGUGGCUUUCUUGAGACGGAUAUUUCACCUGUCCGUUGCCAGUCAACUGCCUGCUUCAUUGCCUUACUUCCUUCUCAUACCGUUCAUCACAUCAGGCCGAUCUUCUAUCUCCAGUCAGUCAUGGCCGACUCGAGGGAACGAGCUAUUGAAUCUGCAUCUCCCCAGAUCAUUAACUUGAAAGGGAUAAUGGCUAAAUGGGAAAAGAAGAUCCCGGAAAUCCAAGCGCUAUCGAAUUCACUGAGAGAGGGAUUAACAGCAUCAGAAGCCGACAUAUCAGAUGUAAAGGCGUCUAACCCGCGCCCCCCGCUCCCGAAUAUCGUUCAACCGGGCUACGAGGUUUACAUAGGCAGGAAGGCCGACUACUCGCAAUGUACCACAUUGAAGCAAACGGCUGAAGUUGCAUGGUUUAUAGCCUUCAACCGCGGGCCAUACACAAACUUCUACAUGAUCGAUGAGCUUCUUAGAGAAGGCAGAAUUUCUUAUGAGCAAUUUUUAAAGAAUCCCAAGAUCAUGCGGCAAAGCGUUACUGAAGCCAACGUGCGCAAAGUUGCGAACUCCAUGGAUGAAAAUUAUGGAGAUAGUGUAGUUGGCCGCUGUACCUCGUUUACUACUGAGAUUGUCACUGCCCUCGUCAUGGCAAAUGAACUUUCGUCAGCUGGAGACUUUGAAUUCCACGACAUGGGCCGUCAUCGUUUGGCGUUUUCGAAGAAAAGUGGACUGGUGAUUGACUCGACCUUAAAACAAGGUCCUAAAUUUUUACCACUAGACGGACAGAAAGAGCCUAACGACCAAGAGGAUCACCCGAAAUCUUUCUCCGGCAACGACCAAGGGGGGCAGUCGAAAUGGUUCUGGGGUCCUAGUGGAUCUAUAACUAAGGGAGUCAAUCGCAGGGGUGAUGUUCUCAAGAAACACUCUAAAGAGUCAAUCUCUUCAGAUGAGGGCCUAUAUCAAUGUUUCAAUGAAAUCAAAAUUGAUAAAGAUUUGAAGCCACUGUGCUAUUUUCGAUCUUAUAGGCGUCCUUGUUCUGAAGCGUAUCAGGGCGACACGAGAUAUCAUGGGAUGAUACGAUGGUUACUAAAGGAUAGAAAGCUAGAAUUGAUCCAGGAUAUAAAGAAUCAAAAUGCGACGACUGUGACAACAUUUAUAUGGGACAGAACUACUCCCACAUUACCUACACUUAGCUCUUCCGAAAUAUCUAAGGUGGUAGACAACUUUGUUACACGCUAUGGAGGGAGCUUUGGAUCCAGACAAUGGAAGCUUUGCUCAGGAUACCACAACAGUAUUAUCGACGCAGCAAAUUCGCUUUGGGGUUAUCCGCACAUAACGGGAGUUACGAACUUUCCAAUUGGGCCGGGCCGGGCCCUGAAGACCUACUAUUUCUCCUUGCGGGCGAUGAGAUCGACGAAAAAGGGGUACAAGAAUAUGUGCCUUUUGAUACUGACGAUGAACCUAUUUGGCCACCUAACGAGUAUAACUUUCUACCCUUCUAAAGCGCUCGCUAGUGAAACAUGAUAAUGGGAUUUAUAUUAGAUAUUCCACUGGUUUUACUUUGUUUCACCAAGCACUCUCGUGGUUACAUGUAGUUGCUUGAAUCUAGCUUUGGCACAUUCUUUCUGCGGUG